UUUAUUUGUUGGGUUUAUUUGGGUUAAUCCGCAAUGGAAGUAGCUUCGGGCUGCGUUCCGAUAUUCACUGCAAGUACUGAAAAUCUACAAUAUACGUGACCUGAACUAUAUAUUUUCAGUACUGUCAGUAAAUUUACGAAUACAGCCUCGGAGAGGCUGUCGAUUUUGCUUGUAAUCGGAAGAAGAUAUAACCUCAAAAUUCGUAUAGAUCGUUGUAUUAGGGAAGAUAGAGGAUCUGUGCUGAAUAAUCCGAGGGAAGCUGAAGGCACUUAACCGUUCCCGCCCGGGAACAACUCCAAAAAAAAAAAUAGAUCAUUGUCAACUUUAUGAAUAACGUUGAAAGGGUGGCGUGAAUAAGUUGGACGCUUAAAUAAACGUGAAAAUGCCGGAUCAUCUGGGUGAAGAUAUGCGAAAGGUGAAGAAUGAAGAGGAAAAGGAGGAGAAGGAAAUUAAAUCUCUGGAUGAGGGCGAUAUUGCUUUAUUGAAGACUUAUGGCCAAGGGCAAUAUAACAAAAAGUAUACAAGGCUGUUGAAGAAGAUAUUCAGACGAUUAUCAAACGUAGUGAAUGAGUUAACUGGGAUCAAAGAAUCAGAUACUGGUCUAGCACCACCGGCACUUUGGGAUCUAGCAGCUGACAAACAAACUCUGCAAAAUGAACAACCCUUGCAAGUGGCACGCUGUACCAAAAUUAUAAAUGCAGAUUCUGAUGAUCCAAAGUAUAUAAUAAAUGUAAAGCAGUUUGCGAAGUUUGUUGUUGACUUGGCGGAUUCUGUAGCACCAACUGAUAUAGAAGAAGGUAUGAGAGUAGGAGUGGAUCGAAACAAGUAUCAAAUUCAUAUUCCAUUGCCAUCCAAAAUCGAUCCUACUGUAACAAUGAUGCAAGUAGAAGAAAAACCUGAUGUUACUUAUAGUGAUGUUGGUGGUUGCAAAGAACAAAUUGAAAAAUUGAGAGAAGUCGUCGAAACACCACUGUUGCAUCCAGAAAAAUUUGUCAACUUGGGUAUCGAACCACCAAAAGGUGUCUUAUUAUUUGGCCCACCAGGUACGGGGAAAACUUUAUGUGCUAGAGCAGUCGCUAAUAGGACAGAUGCCUGUUUUAUUCGUGUAAUUGGUUCAGAAUUGGUCCAGAAGUAUGUUGGUGAGGGCGCUAGAAUGGUACGAGAACUAUUCGAGAUGGCACGAAGUAAAAAGGCUUGUUUGAUCUUUUUUGAUGAAAUCGAUGCCAUCGGUGGCGCUCGCUUUGAUGAUGGUGCCGGUGGCGAUAAUGAAGUCCAACGUACUAUGCUGGAAUUAAUCAAUCAAUUAGAUGGGUAAAUUGAUCCGCGAGGCAAUAUAAAAAGUUCUUGGACGACAAAUAGACCAGACACAUUAGAUCCCGCAUUAAUGCGACCAGGUCGUCUAGAUAGAAAGAUAGAAUUUGGACUACCGGAUCUCGAAGGACGCACGCACAUUUUCAAGAUCCAUGCGCGUUCAAUGAGCGUAGAAAGGGACAUUAGAUUCGAGUUGCUCGCUCGUUUGUGUCCCAAUAGUACAGGUGCUGAAAUACGAUCGGUUUGUACUGAGGCUGGUAUGUUCGCAAUCCGUGCACGACGUAAAGUUGCUACGGAAAAAGAUUUCCUUGAGGCGGUUAAUAAGGUAAUCAAGUCAUACGCCAAGUUCUCUGCAACGCCGAAGUACAUGACUUAUAAUUAGAGCGCAUUUACAUUUCGUUUAGUUUUCGUAUUUGAUAAGUUAUUAUCAUCCUUUACAUAUACUUGUAAUUAUUAUCUAUUACUGUAUUGAAUAAAUCAAGAGGCAAUUCUGCUAUCAAAUAAAUAUAUAACAAAUAUCUGUUUUCGGAUAUAUCUUUUCUGAAGAUUUUCUGAAGAUUCUCAAUUAUUGUGAUUCUAAUUCACAUUUUAUUCAUAUAAUUUUUCAAAUUUUAAUUUAAUUGGCGCAUCAGGUUUGUUGAUUAGUAAUGAAACCGUAUUGAGAGAUCCUCCACACCAUGUAAACCGUAGAUUUCUGCAAAUCUGCACAAUUGUAUAUGCAUUAUAAUAAGAAUAAAUAAGAAUAAGAAUGAUAACAAAAA